AAAUAUGAAUACAAAUUUAUGACUAUCGUCUUCCUAUUACUUAUAAAUACUCAAAAAAAGAUUGAACUAGAACCAUCUUUCUAUAAUACAUAUCAACUUACCCUUUGAACUCAUCAUCAUAAUCCAUUUAACCAUUUUUUUUUUCCAAGCAAAAACAUCAAUGGCCAAUUUGAUUUCAAAAUCAAGAAACCUUAACCAUUUUUUUCUAAGCUCAAGGUUUCAUCUCUUAUCACUCCUAAACCAAAGAAGUUCAAGAACUCCAUCAUUUACAACGGUUGCCGGAGGUGGUUUUAUAAGGCCAACGGCGAAAUUUUCCGGCCACAUUUUUAGGCCAGAACGUUACCAGUCCAAUCAAGCUGGAGAGCAACUAAGUACAAUCUACUAUGAAGAAGAUGGUCAUCACCAAAAUACUCAUGAAAAUCAGGACAUGGAUUUUCCUGGAGGAAAAGUUCCAAUUACUCCUCAAAUGAAAUUUAUUUCAGAGUCAUCUGAAAAGAGGUUACCUUGUUAUAGAGUCCUUGAUGAUGAUGGUUAUCCAAUUCCAGGCAGCAUCUUUGAGGAGGUGAGCAAAGAACUAGCAGUAAAGAUGUAUAGUUCAAUGGUGACACUUCAAACAAUGGAUACCAUUUUUUAUGAAGCACAAAGGCAGGGGAGAUUAUCUUUCUAUCUCACAACUGCUGGAGAAGAAGCUAUCAACAUAGCAUCUGCUGCUGCUCUCAGCUUAGACGACUUUGUGUUGCCUCAGUACAGGGAAGUAGGGGUUAUAUUUUGGCGCGGCUAUCCCCUGCAACAGAUUGCCAAUCAAUUGUUCGGAAACAAGUUUGAUUAUGGAAAAGGAAGGCAAAUGCCAUGCCACCAUGGUUCUAAUGAGCUAAAUUACCUUACUGUUUCUUCGCCAAUAGCAACACAGAUUCCUCAGGCCGCAGGCGUUGCUUAUUCUCUCAAAAUGGAUAAAAAGGAGGCUUGUGCUGUCGUUUUUCUUGGAGAUGGUAGCACCAGUGAGGGAGAUUUCCAUGCUGGUUUAAACUUUGCAGCAGUAUUGGAUGCUCCUGUUGUCUUUAUAUGCCGCAACAAUGGAUGGGCCAUUAGUACACCUAUAAACGAACAAUUUCGAAGUGAUGGAAUCGCCUCUAAAGGAGUAGCGUAUGGUAUUAGAAGUAUCCGUGUGGAUGGCAACGAUGCCUUGGCAACUUAUAGUGCUAUUCGUGCAGCUCGCGAAAUGGCAAUUAAGGAACAAAGGCCAAUAAUAGUAGAGGCCAUGACUUAUAGAGUAUCUCACCAUUCAACAUCUGAUGAUUCAACCAAGUAUCGACCAGUGGAGGAAAUAGAGCACUGGAAAACAGCGAAAAGCCCAAUAUCAAAAUUCAGAAAAUAUAUUCAAAGAAAUGGCUGGUGGAAUGAUGAGAAUGAAUCCGAACAUCGUGGAGACAUCAGAAAACAGGUGUUGCAAGCAAUUCAAGCAGCAGAGAAGGUAAAUAAAUCUUCAUUGACAGAUUUGUUUACAGAUGUUUAUGAUAAACUGCCAUUAAAUCUUCAAGACCAAGAGAAAUCCCUUAGAGAUGCUGUAAAGAGGUCACCAAAAGAAUAUCCUUCGGAUGUUCCUAUAUAGGCUAAUAAUGUGUUACUAUGAUAACAUUUAAUGGCUACAAUUCGACUCUGGAAUUGCCAGAGUUCUUUAUGUUACAUAUAGCUACAUUAGUUUAUAAAUAAAAGUUCUUUAACAAA